ACAUGAGCUGCUGUAAGUCACAUGUCAAAGAAUAAGGAAUACAGGCUGCAUUUAUCAGUUGGCAAGUUUGCCUUGGGAAGGAGUGGAGGCUGGUGCAGCUCAUUGGCUGAGUACAGAAUUCCAGGAGGAUGCUGUAGCUGGGGGAGCUCACGCAGAUUUCAGUAAAUAACCUCAAGCUGAAUGUUUCUAGGAAGGGCUGAGUGUGUGUGUGUGUGAUUUAGCACUAACAUGUCACUUCCCAUGUACUCUGUUCAGUGCUUUUGUUGGUAAUUCCUGCAUGGAAGAGGUUUCAGGGACAAAGAAUUGGAAGUGUGCCUUCCAGUAAAAGAAGUUGCAGAGGUGGGACAAAAAGGGAAAGCUGAAGGCUAAUUUUUUUCAGUGUCUAGAUAUAUACCUACAAGGAGAAAAAACUUCCUGUGGUCUAGCAGGCUGAGGGGGCACUAAGACCCAAAAACAGGAAUGUGAAACUGGAUUUUAAAAAAUCCCAAAAAAUGCUGUGAGAAAAGCCACAAUUUUUAAACAUCAUCUGCAAUUGACCAUUAGAAAAACUCAGCGAGGCUUUUGGAGGAUCCUUCCCAUGAGGCUUUAAAGUUGUGGCUGGAUUCUUGUCAGAAAGGGGACCCUUGUAGAGGUGGGAAGGGUUUCUGCCAAGUUUUCUGAUGCAAGUUUGUGAAGAUGUGGAUCUGGAUGAUUGUGCCACUUCUUUCUGGCAUUACAGUCAGGUGUUGGCUCAGAGCAGCUCUAGGGUUGAGAGCUGGGACCUCAAGGCAGAUGCAAAGGCAUUCCCCCUGUCAGCCCAGGCAUUGCUCCUGUUCACCCUGCCCCGUGCAAACACUCACCAGUGUUUGCUUCACCUUUUUACUGGAUAGUGUUGCACUGCUAUCCCAAAGUAAAUGAAGCUUCAUUAGUGUGCAUUUAAGUGGGGAGUGAUGACUAAUUGUCAUCUAUCAAUGGUGCUUUAAUUCUCUUCUAGCCAAAUCAAGGCAUUCCUUUUACAUCCCAUCAUCUAUGGCUCUGCCAUCCAUUUCACACUUUAAACCUUGUAACUCUCUUGUACUUCUUAGCCAAACUAGAAUGAGUUUUUCCUUCUGCUACCUCAAUGAACAUCUUUUUUUUUUUUUUUUUUUUUGGUGGAAAAGCUAUAUCCUCAUGAAGCCAGGUUUUGCUUUAUUUUUUACCUUAUUCCCUAUGGUGGUGUUUGCAGGGGUCCCAGGAUGAGGGAAGAGAUGAGAAUCUUGACUCCAUGUUUCAGAGGUCUGAUUUAUUAUUUUAUGAUAUAUAUUAUAGUAAAAGAAAAUAUAUUAAAGCUAUACUAAAGGAAGAGGAUUUAAUCAGAAGGCUAGCAAAGGAAAGGAAUGAUAAGAAAAUCUUGUGGCUGACCCGAGUCCCAACACAGCUGGACCUGUGAUUUGUCAUCAAGUAGAAACAACUCACAUGGACCAAUCAAAGUCCUGUUGCAUUCCACAGCAGCAGAUAAUUGUUUUUCUUUUCCUCUGAGGCUUCUCAGGAGAAAAAGUCCUAAAGAAAGGGUUUUUCAGAAAAUAUGUCUGUAACAAUUCCCCUCAGACUUAAACUUUGUCAGAGGCCAAGCCUGUGCCUGUGGAACCAUCAGAGGUGCAAUGUGCCAUUAGAGUUGAGGUCUGAGAGCAGGAGAAGGAUGGGUGUUGGUGCAGGUGGAGGCUGGGACAGCAGCAAGAGGUGCCAGCAGAGGCUGUAGCAGUGACAGAGCUUCCUGGGAAACACAAUGGGCUCUUGAGAGCCAGCCCAGGAGCAGAGGAAAGCCAGGCAGGGCAGCAGGGCUGGCUGGGUGGGGCGUGUGAGGAUCUGUGGAUGUGGCUGUGAGGGGUGGGAAGCCUUUUCCUCCUGUGACUUCACCUGGAGUGCGUGCCAGCCCCGGCACACAAUGUUAUCACGGCACGGCCAGCACGACUCUGCUCGCACACAGGGCCCCAGGAGACCUUCUCCAGGCCCUGCAGCUCCUGGCCUGGGUGGCUCCUGCCAGAAAUAUCCCUGGUUUUGUUCCCAGUGGUGCCCGAGCUGCCUGUGCUCCUGGUGCCACCGAGGGGAGAUCUGGUGGUGAGGAGUAAAGGUGAAAGGUUUUGUCAGGACCUGGAGCAGGGAGCUCUGAUCUACCCCACCCCUCUCUGGCAAUCAGGGCUGCUCUGGGCUCUUUCUUUAUCCAGGGCUCAUUGCUGUGCUGAGAGUUAAUGAGUCAUUAAGAACACUCUGUCCCUGCUCAUGGGGACUUUGCUGCCUGGGUGGAAAUCCUUCCCAAGAAGCCCAUUCCCCUUUCUGUGGCAAACACAGCUGUUGAAACCUCUUGGAUAAGUAAAUGCAGUCCUUCAGGGCUCAGGCCCAGCCUGUGGCAGUGGUUUCCAUGGGCCAGGGAUGAGUGGUCUGCCUCCAACCAUCUUUACUCUUGUCACUGUUAAAUACCUUGCCUAAAAGGGAGAGUUGGGCCUGGACCAUCAGAAUCUCUUGGCAGUUUCACAGAUCUCCUUUCAUGGCAGUCUACAGAAGCUCUAGCUUCUCUCAAAGAACACAUUGUAGAUUAAAUGCUGCCUCUAGAAGUCCUAGCCUCAGCUAGCCCUCUUCCUUGCACUAGGAGAAACCCUAUAUUGUUUAUUUUGUUCUGCUGUUCCAUGAAUGAGGCCUUUCUGCCCAGACAAACUCAGGCAUCCUUUCCUUAAACAAAGAACCUCUCCUCAAAUUCUUUGGCAGACUUUGGUUUUCCCAGGACUGAUGUUUUGAAGACAUCCAUGUUUUCCAUGCUUUGACAAUCAAAGAAUGCAACAGCACUGCUUUAGUUUACAGAACAAUGUGGUGGUUCCAGCCUUUGACAUCUGAGAUUCAUCACUGGCUGGUCUUUGGCAUCAGGGAGAUGCAAGACACUUGUUCAUGCAGGUGUCUGUCUCCAGGUUGUUCAGAGGCCUUUGCAGGUUCAUCAGCAGCUCUCCAGGAUUGGUGUUUGUGCUCCAAUGGAGGUGAAAUGGUGCAGCAGCAAACAGGAGACUGCUGGCACCCUCAUGCUGUGGAAGAAUCCUCAGGAUGAUGCAGCACUUCACCACUUGUGACUCUGCUUUCUGGGCUACCUCACAGAUCAUAAAUUAUUUCUGGGAGGUGGACUGGAGAUGAGCAGAUUUGAAAUUACACACCAGCAGCCCACGUGUACAUCUGCAAUCUCAUGUUAUCAGUACAAGCUGUAGUCCCCUGGGCAGGCAGAGCCUUGAUGAAUAUAAACUGGAAAGGAAUGCCACAAUUGUGUGCAGCUAAAGAGGAUGUACUGGAAUGGAGCUGACUUCUGCAUUGUGUUCCUGUAAAGGAGAGCAGAGUCAGGGCUGCAGCUGCAUAAACCCAGCACUGCUCAGGGGAGUAGAAACCCACCAAACCUGCUGCACCCUGGGCCAAAGCAGGGGGAAAACAGAAAUAUCAGAGCUCCUGUCCUUGUUUCAGAGCUUUGGGGACUGGAGAGACACAGCCCAUUAAAGAACAUGCCUGCAUUUUGCUGAGGAGCCACCUGUAAUAGCUGCCUUCACUGGGAUGGUGUUUAUCAAUCAGACAAGAAUGAGGCCUCACAGUUCAGGGCACGUGGAAGAGCAUUCUACAGUUGCUGUGCCAAGAUGGGAUUUAGAAGUUUGCCAUAGAAUCAGCUCCUUAAAAUUCUGCCAGGUUUCACACAGGACAGGGGAUCCCCAGAGAGUCCUAAUGCUUCUUUUAAAAGGAUCCCAACAUGCUUUAAACCAUAUUCCUCCUAAGAAUAUCAUGUUCACUGAGCAAUAACAGGACUACAAGGGAUUGAAGCUUGCUGGAAAUAAUGAAGAAAAAACAUCUCCAGGCCUCUCCAAACUGGAGAAGCCCUUUGGCUCUUCCCACCUAUGUUUUCUGGCAGCUCUGUAGAUAAUCCUUGACUCCCUCCAUCUGGCUGUUUAUUAGUUUGAAGCCAAAUUGUCUCAGUGAAUGCUGAGCACCUCUGGAUGAAUGAUGUAUCUAUGGGCAGGUUGUCUUCUUGAUCAGGAAAUGAGAAUGAGUGGCUCAACAGCUUCCAAGUUCAAUAACCUCCUUCGCUUCUUAAUGAAUUGCUGAGGCAUGAGAAGCUUCCGUUCCUUGCUGGCAUCUCUCACCCUGUGCCCAGAGAAACAAUCAUAUCAGGCUCAGGAAGACUGAAAGGGCAGGGAAACAGGAACCAUCCCCACGGAUGUCCUCCCCAGAGAGGCUGGGAACACGCUCUGCUCUGGGAAAUGGGAAGCUGAGGUCAGCCAGAGUGCACAGCAGGGUCUCAGCACUGCUGGAAGGGCCACCACCUCGAAUAUAUGCUGAGAGAAAUUUGGGUCCAUGGACCACUUAACUAUGCAGCAUGCCUGUGUUUUUGUGUCUUCUCAGUGAUGUGCUCCACCUCUGUGACCAGGGAGAAAGUUUUGGGCAGGAGGCAGACAAAGGGACAGGUCCUACCCAAAACCAUAGAGCCGCAGAAAGCCUCCCUCUCCCCCUGCUUGUUUUUCUGCUUAUGAGUCACUUCAGCCUCCUGCCUUCAGGAGGGACUGCUGACCCCCAGCCCAGCUGUCAUCCUCUUCCUUUUGUCCUCCAUCUGUUGUCCAAGACACUCAAGCAAAUAUCAAACAGCCCUGGAGGCAGAACUUCAGGGACACGGUUCUCCCAGCUGGAAAAGUGAAGCCCUGACCCUUUUCUUCAGAGGGAGGAGGCCCUGGUGAGCUGGAGAACCUGACCCGGAGCUCAGUGGUGCUUUCAUAAGAAGCCUCUAGAUGAAGAGACUCUGUGGUUUUCCACAAACCAGAAAUGUCCUGCAAAACUGCGUAUGCCCCAUGCUAAAGGCUCUGCACUCUGUGACACCAAAGAAAGUCAGCUCUGAUCAUUUGGAUGAAGCUCUUUUGAAAUCCACUUUGAAAAUCAUCAUCUCUGCCUCCAGUUGUGCUUUGGACCUUAGAGCUCUGCAAAUAAAUCUAAAAGCUGUUUGGGAAGACAACUCCUGAGAUGAAGCUCUGAACUUUCAUGGACACAAAUGCCCAGAAACACAGAAGAGUGGCCUGAAACUGUUGGUUUGAAGACCGUAAGAAAUGGGUGACUGGAGUUUCUUGGGGAACAUUUUAGAGCAGGUGAACGAGCAGUCCACUGUCAUCGGGAGAGUUUGGCUCACAGUGCUCUUCAUUUUCCGCAUCCUGAUCCUGGGCACGGCCGCCGAGCUCGUGUGGGGGGACGAGCAGUCAGACUUUGUGUGCAACACCCAGCAACCUGGUUGUGAGAACGUCUGCUACGAUGAGGCCUUCCCCAUCUCCCACAUCCGCCUCUGGGUCCUGCAGAUCAUCUUUGUAUCCACUCCUUCGCUGAUGUACUUCGGGCAUGCCGUGCACCACGUCCGCAUGGAGGAGAAGAGGAAAGAGAGGGAGGAAGCUGAGAGGCGCCAGCAAGCUGAGGUGGAUGAAGAGAAGCUGCCCCUGGCUCCAAACCAAAACAAAGGCAACAACCCCGAUGGAACCAAGAAGUUUCGCCUGGAAGGUACUCUCCUGAGAACCUACAUCUUCCACAUCAUUUUCAAAACCCUCUUUGAGGUGGGAUUCAUAGUAGGUCAGUACUUCCUGUAUGGCUUCCGAAUUCUCCCCCUUUACCGCUGCGGGCGGUGGCCCUGUCCCAAUCUUGUGGACUGUUUUGUCUCCAGGCCCACGGAGAAGACCAUCUUCAUUAUGUUCAUGCUGGUGGUGGCUUCCGUGUCCCUCUUCCUCAACCUGGUGGAGAUCAGUCAUUUGAUCAUGAAAAGGAUCCGGAGGGCUCUGAGGAGGCCGGCAGAGGAGCAGCUUGGAGAGGUCCCCGAGAAGCCCCUCCACGCCAUCGCAGUCCCCUCCAUCCCAAAGGCCAAAGGCUACAAGCUGCUGGAAGAAGAGAAGCCAGUGUCCCACUAUUUCCCUCUCACGGAAGUAGGGGUUGAGCCCAGCCCCCUUCCAUCAGCCUACAACGAGUUUGAGGAGAAGAUUGGGAUGGGACCACUGGAAGAUCUCUCCAGGGCAUUCGAUGAGAGGUUACCGUCGUACGCGCAAGCGAAGGAACCAGAAGAGGAGAAGGUACGAGCAGAGGAGGAGGAACGAGAGGAGGAGCAUCCAGGGCCUCAGGAGGAGCCAGGGGUGAAGAAAGCAGAAGAGGAGGCGGGGAGAGAUGAAGUGGAAGGGCCUUCAGCACCUGCUGAGCUUGCUGCUGAUAUGAGACCCCUGAGCAGGCUAAGUAAAGCCAGCAGCCGGGCCAGGUCAGAUGAUUUGACUGUAUGAAGGUGCAGGAUGCGGGGAGCACAUGAAAAGGAAAAGGUUGAAGAGAAAAGGAGAGAUAGAGAAAGAAUCAAAAGAUAUUUUUAAGCAAAGUGCUAAAAUGGCCACUUGAAUAUUAUUUCCUUUAUGAUUCUCAACUGGAAAGGUACUACCAUGGUAACAGUGCCUUAUUUGCCCCAUAUGUCCCUGUAUUUCCCUGUUUCCACAUGCCAGCUCACUCCUUACAGUAAUAUCUACACUGUACACAUAACUGAUGUAUUUUAAAGCCUAACACGGCAGUGAUACCCAAAUGUUGCCACUGUGAUCACAUUUACUGAAAGCCUUGUGUUCCACAUUUCUCUAGGAAUGUGGGGCGGAUCUGUCUUUCAGCCAGUGAGGGGAAAGACUCAUCAACAACUGUAUCUAGUCUUUCUCUUUCUGUUUCCUCCUUUGGCUCACUGAGCAGAUCUCCCCUUUGCUGCUGGCAUGGAAUUGCAGUUAUUUAAUUCACAAAGUGAAUUCUAUGCUUGGCAUCAACACACUAAAAUACUAAGCCCAACUUCCCUUCUUUAUUCAGAAAAUAAAGGCAAAAAUGUUCCAAA